CUGUCUGAUCUUCACCACAUGUUCACGGGGCCAUUACUGGUAUGCCUGAAUCCUAUGCAGAAUACUUAUUUGACUUCAUUCGAUUUUUCUCAGACACUCAGUCCCUCUUAAUUUUCCUCAAAUAGACUUGAAUUUUUUUUUUUUGCACGGCUACACUUUGACAGCCAGGGCAUUGUACUGCGCAUGCGCCGUUACCGUGGGGUUUGGGUUCUGUUUACAGAAAAAAUGCUGUUGCAGAAGUAGCAAGCUAACUUGUGCAAUGUUAUGUCAACCGUCUUUGGAAUAAAACACAAUUGUGGACACAGGUGAUUUUACUCAUUUCCCCUCCAUUCAUGCGUCUGGCUUGGUUUAGCUGUCAUGGAUGACAAGGCCUCGGUGGGGAAAAUUAGCGUGUCGUCCGACUCAGUGUCCACCCUGAACAGUGAGGACUUUGUGCUGGUGUCGCGGCUGGGGGACGACACCCCAGGCUCCUCCAUUAAUAACGGUAGCGAUGACGAAAAGACAGGACUGAAGGUGAUUUCUGAGGAAGGGGUCAGCUUUAAGAUUGUGGGGAACGGCAGUGAGCAGCAGUUGCAGAAGGAGUUGGAGGAUGUUCUGAUGGACCCCUCUGUAGCUGACCAGAUUCUGAGCGGUGGGGGUGGCGGUGGUGGCUGGGGAGACCAGGUGGGAGGGGGGGACCAUGUGUCCCAGCCCACCACAGCAGUACCACUUCAGUCCGUGCCCCAACCGUGCCCUGACCCCCUCAGCGACCCCCUCAACACCCCGCCAAAAGUUGAGAUGGUUCUGCCCGUCCAAUCCGCACAAGGUGCACAGGAGAGCGAGCUAAAUGAGCGAUCGUACCGCGGGGAUGAGUCGUCAUCAGAGUGCAGCCCCAGUACACCCAUCCCAGACGAGGACAGUGUGGUCUUCAAUAAGCUGACCUACCUGGGCUGUGCCUCGGUCAACGCCCCCCGCAGUGAGGUGGAAGCGCUCUGCAUGAUGACCGUCCUCAGAGGGCAGUGCCAGCUACCCCUGGAUGUCACCCUAUCUGUGCCCGGCGUCUCAGAGGGCACCGUCAGGUUGCUGGACCCCCAGACAAGCACAGAGAUAGCCAGUUACCCCAUCUACAAGAUCAUGUUCUGUGUGCGUGGUCAUGACGGCACACCUGAGACUGACUGCUUUGCCUUCACAGAGAGCCACUACAAUGCAGAGAUCUUCCAUAUACAUGUCUUCCGCUGUGAGAUCCAAGAGGCGGUCAGCAGGAUACUGUACAGCUUCGCCACGGCCUUUAGGCGGUCCGCCAAGAAGACGCUCCUCUCGGGCUUGCCUCCGCCCCUGACGCCAGACAGCGACGUCUUCACCUUCACCGUCAGUCUAGAGAUCAAAGAGGAUGAUGGGAAAGGGACCUUUAGCGCUGUGGCGAAAGACAAAGACAAGAACAGCUUCAAGCUGCAUCCGGGAAUGGACAAGAAGCUCUUCAUCUACGUACAGCAGACGUCCAAUAAGGAGCUGUCUAUAGAGAGGUGCUUCGGCCUACUGCUGAGCCCAGGGAAGAACGUGAAAAACAGUGACAUGCACCUGCUAGACUUGGAGUCAAUGGGGAAGUCCUCCGAUGGAAAGUCCUACAUCAUCACAGGGAGCUGGAAUCCCAACACACCCCAGUUCCAGGCUGUCAACGAGGAGACACCCAAAGAUACGUUUAUCUACAUGACGACGGCGGUGGACCUGGUGAUCACUGAGGUGGAGGAGCCGGUUCGUUUCCUGCUGGAGACCAGGGUCAGAGUCUGCUCCCCCAACGAGAGGCUCUUCUGGCCAUUCAGCAAACGCAGCUACACAGAGACUUUCUACCUGAAACUCAGACAGAUGGAGCGUAAGAGGAACAAGGACACCCUGUACGAGGUGCUGAGCCUGGAGAGUGAGUUAGAGAGGGAGAGGAAGAAGACGACAGCCAGCCCCAACAUCCUGCAGUCUGCCUCCCAAGGAUCCAUGGUGCCAUCGCCCCCCGAGGAUGAUGAGGAGGAAGACAAUGACGAGCCGUUGCUGAGUGGCUCAGGAGACGUAUCAAAAGAGUGUGCUGAGAAGAUCCUGGAGACCUGGGGAGACCUGCUGUCCAAAUGGCAUCUGAACCUGUCUGUGCGUCCCAAGCAGCUCCCGGCUUUGGUGCGUAGCGGGGUCCCAGAGGCCCUCAGGGGAGAGGUGUGGCAGCUCCUGGCUGGUUGCCAUAACAACGACCACCAAGUGGAGGAGUACCGCACCCUCAUCACUAAGGAGUCUCCCCAGGACAGUGCCAUCACCAGAGACAUUAACAGGACUUUCCCAGCUCACGACUACUUCAAGGACACUGGAGGAGACGGGCAAGACUCACUCUACAAGAUCUGCAAGGCCUACUCAGUGUAUGAUGAGGAGAUUGGUUACUGCCAGGGACAGUCUUUCCUGGCUGCUGUGCUGCUGCUGCACAUGCCUGAGGAACAGGCCUUCAGUGUUCUGGUCAAGAUCAUGUUUGACUACGGACUCAGGGACCUCUUCAAGCAGAACUUUGAGGAUUUACACUGCAAGUUCUUCCAGCUGGAGAGACUCAUGCAGGAGUACAUCCCAGACCUGUAUAACCACUUCCUGAAUGUGGGUCUUGAGGCUCAUAUGUACGCCUCUCAGUGGUUCCUUACACUCUUCACAGCCAAGUUCCCCCUCUACAUGGUGUUCCACAUCAUAGACCUGCUACUCUGUGAGGGCAUCAGUGUGAUCUUCAACGUGGCUCUGGCUCUCCUGAAGACCUCAAGGGAAGACCUGCUGGCAACAGACUUUGAGGGGGCGCUCAAGUUCUUCCGGGUCCCGGUUCCCAAACGCUACCGCUCAGAGGAGAACGCUAAGAAACUGAUGGAGCUGGCCUGCAGCAUGAAGAUCAGCCAGAAGAAGCUGAAGAAGUAUGAGAAUGAAUAUCACAGCAUGAGAGAGCAGCAGGAGCAGCAGGAGGCUCCCAUUGAGAGAUAUGAGAGGGAGAACCGUCGUCUCCAGGAGGCUAACAUGCGUCUGGAGCAGGAGAAUGAUGACCUGGCCCAUGAACUGGUCAGCAGCAAGAUCGCUCUGCGCAAAGACCUGGACAACGCCGAGGAGAAAGUAGACGCACUGAACAAGGAGCUGUUGAUGACCAAACAGAAGCUGGUGGAUUCAGAGGACGAGAAGAGACGACUAGAGGAGGAGUCUGCACAGCUGAAAGAGAUGUGCAGGCGGGAGCUGGGUAAAUCAGAGUCUGAGAUAAAGAAGAAUGGUUCCAUCAUAGGAGAGUACAAACAGAUCUGCUCUCAGCUCAGUGAGCGUCUGGAGAAACAGCAGAUCGCCAACAAGGGAGAGGUGGAGAAAAUCCGGCUGAAGGUGGGGGGCUGUGAGAAGUGCUCUAUCCUCUUCAACAAGGAGGGUCGUCUAAAGGCAGUGAAGAAGAUGGAGGGCAGCGAGGAAGAGACGGAUGAGGAGAAGGAGGGUCUGAAGAACCAGCUCAGAGAGAUGGAGCUGGAACUGGCCCAGACCAAACUACAACUGGUAGAGGCAGAGUGCAAGAUACAGGACUUGGAGCACACCCUGGGUCUGGCCCUGAACGAGGUCCAGGCAGCCAAGAAGACCUGGUUCAACAGAACCUUAACCUCCAUCAAGACCGUGACGGGAGCACAGGGGAAGGAGACUACCUAACAUGAGACCCCCCUCCUCUCCUCCUCGACCACAGACCGUUCCCUGCUGCUCCCAAACCUCGACCCGUUCCUCUCCCAGCCUCCCCCCUCCUCCCCCUGGUCAGGGGUACCAGCCACUAACUUGACCGGAGCGAACCAAACCACAACAGGAGUUUUAAAUAAGUACUGAGCUCACUGCCCCAAACUAAAUGAUAUACUUAAUUAAAAAAGAAACAGAAAAGAAAAGAGAAGAGUCUUCAACAUUAGUCUUUAUACUACUGAUAUUUAACAGGUCAGGAAGGAGUUGUAGAGAGUUAGCUGAACUGUCCUCUCUCCAGACAUGGGAAAUACAACACUCCAUUUUACUGUCCUCUCUCCAGACAUGGGAAAUACAACGCUCCAUUUUACUGUCCUCUCUCCAGACAUGGGAAAUACAGCUCUCCAUUUUACUGUCCUCUCUCCAGACAUGGGAAAUACAGCUCUCCAUUUUACUGUCCUCUCUCCAGACAUGGGAAAUACAACACUCCAUUUUACUGUCCUCUCUCCAGACAUGGGAAAUACAACGCUCCAUUUUACUGUCCUCUCUCCAGACAUGGGAAAUACAGCUCUCCAUUUUACUGUCCUCUCUCCAGACAUGGGAAAUCUAGCGCUCCAUUUUACUGUCCUCUCUCCAGACAUGGGAAAUACAGUUCUCCAUUUUACUGUCCUCUCUCCAGACAUGGGAAAUACAGUUCUCCAUUUUACUGUCCUCUCUCCAGACAUGGGAAAUACAACACUCCAUUUUACUGUCCUCUCUCCAGACAUGGGAAAUACAACACUUAAUUUUACUGUCCUCUCCAGACAUGGGAAAUACAGUUCUCCAUUUUACUGUCCUCUCUCCAGACAUGGGAAAUACAGUUCUCCAUUUUACUGUCCUCUCUCCAGACAUGGGAAAUACAACACUCCAUUUUACUGUCCUCUCUCCAGACAUGGGAAAUACAGUUCUCCAUUUUACUGUCCUCUCUCCAGACAUGGGAAAGACAGCUCUCCAUUUUACUGUCCUCUCUCCAGACAUGGGAAAUACAGUUCUCCAUUUUACUGUCCUCUCUCCAGACAUGGGAAAUACAGUUCUCCAUUUUACUGUCCUCUCUCCAGACAUGGGAAAGACAGCUCUCCAUUUUACUGUCCUCUCUCCAGACAUGGGAAAUACAGCUCUCCAUUUUACUGUCCUCUCUCCAGACAUGGGAAAUACAACACUCCAUUUUACUGUCCUCUCCGGACAUGGGAAUGACAGCUCUCCAUUUUACUGUCCUCUCUCCAGACAUGGGAAAUACAACACUCCAUUUUACUGUCCUCUCCAGACAUGGGAAAGACAGCUCUCCAUUUUACUAUCCUCUCUCCAGACUACUUGCACCAACAACAACUCCAACUAUAAUCUAGGUACUACCAGAGCUAACUAACAGCCUCCUCCUUUUCAAACUGAGCUUUUCUCAUUUCUGUUCUAUGAUACCUUUCUUUUUCUAUACAUGUGUGAUUCUGAACAUGCUUAUGAAUAAACAUGAUGAGUGAAAACUGAGCACACCAGAGUGUAUGUAUGGGUGUGUUUAUUAAUGUGUGUGUGAGUGUUAAUGUGUAUGUGAGUGAUAAGGGGAGUGUGUGUGUGUGUGUGUGUGUGUGUGUGUGUGUGUGUGUGUGUGUGUGUGUGUGUGUGUGUGUGUGUGUGUGUGUGUGUGUGUGUGUGUGUGUGUGUGUGUGUGUGAGUGUUAAGGGGAGUGUGUGUGUGUGUGUGUGUGCGUGUGUGAGUGUGCAUGUACAGGUAACUGCCAAAAUAAUGGAAGCAAUUAAAUGAGGGAUAGAAAGUAUUUAGAAAGCAGGUCCCUCCACACAGGUGUGGUUCCUGAGUUAAUUAAGUAAUUAACAUCCCAUCAUGCUUAGGGCCAUGUAUUAAAAUGCUGGACAGACCAUUAUUUUGGCUUCCAUGGCUAUACCCCCUAUAGGAUGACAAGACCCCCAUCCACAGGACACGAGUGGUCACUGAAUGGUUUGAUGAGCAUGAAAAUGAUGUGAACCAUAUUCCAUGACCGUCUCAGUCACCAGAUCUCAACCCAAUUGAACACUUAUGGGAGAUUCUGGAGCGGAGCCUGAGAUGGCGUUUUCCAUCAACAAAACACCAAAUGAUGGAAUUUCACUUGUAGAAUCUAUGCCCUGGGUACGUUGAAGUGGUUCUGGCUCGUCCCAGCGCUCUAUGAAGACACUUUAUGUCGCCAUUUCCUUUAUUUUGGCAGUUACCUGUAUGACUGAUGAUGUUUCUGGGUGUGGUCUUCCUGUGAAGUUUAGCAGGAUAGGAGCUGGGUGCUCUAUAGUGGGCUGAGGGGGGAGUUAUAUGAGGAAGAGUAUCUUACCGAUGAAGCCUUGAUUUUCAGGUUGAGGGGAACAUGGUAAACAUUAUGUACAGGGUAACAGUAGAUAUAGAAGCAGCAGCCUGGGGUCUGUCCGUUUGCUUGGUGUAGUAGCAGACAGGGGCCACUAGUGGUUGGUCCUGGCACUGUUCUCACAGUGCGCUUUCUGGGCUGUCCGAGCCUGGCUGGGCUCAAAGCAUGGGAGCUCAGUGGCUGGAAUUGCAGAGACAGAUAUGGGUGUGGCCCUCCCUUGCCUCAGACUCCACCCACAGACGUAGAACAGAACCUCCCCCUUUGGGACUCCUCCCUCCAUGGCCGAAAUGGAAUCCUACUGGUCUCCUAUCAAAAGUAUCCUACUAUAUAGGGACUAGGGUUCCGUCCUCCUCUCUAAGACCAGCUGUUCCUCUGGCUUCUGUACUAGAAGACCCUUCAUGACCUCUGACCUCAUCAGUCAAGUUUAUGCCAUGUUAUCCUAGUCACGGACACCACUCUCCCAACAUAGACAGAUACGUGUCACAGCCAGCCACCUACCGACCUACACUACUGACAGGGAGAGAAAUGGCACACAGGUAUUGUCUGGUCGUCAAUCACAGGCUGUGUGCUUAUGUGUGCACUCUUAUGUGGCAGAAUGGGUCAGGGGUCAUCAAAGGUCAGGGUUUGUCAGAGGUCAAGCUGGCAUUCUCUCUGAAAGAGUCAGGUGCACAUUGUUGAAUGUUAUGAAUAGAGCAGUCAUGAUUCCUCAUUCUACAUGUAAGAGAGAUGUUUGUUGUUCUAUAUAAUAUAUUUCUGUCUGAAUCUCCGUUAGAGGUCUCUGUCCAUAUUGGGGAAGGCCCUACUCUCUACUGACAGUGUGUGUGUGUGUGGUCGGGGUGGGGACUUUGCACCUUAACAUUCAUAUUUAUAAUGUAUGGUGUCUUUCUAAUCUUGCUUAAAGGGAAAAAUUCACUCAAAACCAUUUUUUUGUAUUUUUUUCACUAGUCCACUCUUGAUACAGUCUCAAAAUGUUUUGCAUGUCAGCAUUCAAGAGUCACUUGCCACAUGAUCAAUGCGUUUUGCAGUGUAUUUUUCCUUUAAGUCUGUGUUGAUGCCAGUGGAAGGAAGGCCUGUGUAAUGUACUGAGAACAAAGAGGUCCUUCUGUAAGGCACUGGGUUGUAUAUAAGAAGCAUUAGAAUGAUGAUAAUGAUUAAGUUUUUAAUUUUGUAUUUCUACUGCUGUAACUUAACUAAAUAAUAAUGUUGCCUAUAAUAACAAUGUAUUAUUGUACUGUGUUACAGAUUAAUGAUGACCUACAUACACUACCAGUCAACAGUUUGGACACCUACUUAUUCCAGGGUUUUUCUUUGUUUUACUAUUUUCUACAUUGUAGAAUAAUAGUGAAGAGAUCAACACUAUGAAAUAACACAUAUGGAAUCAUGUAGUAACCAAAAAAGUGUUAAACAAAUCAAAAUAUAUUUGAGAUUUGAGAUUCUUCAAAGUAGCCACCCUUUACCUUGAUGACAGCUUUGCACACUCUUGGCAUUCUCUCAACCAGCUUCACCUGGAAAGCUUUUCCAACAGUCUUAAAGGAGUUCCCACAUAUUUCUAGAAAAUAGUAAAACUAAAGAAGAACCCUGGAAUGAGUAGGUGUGUCCAAACCUUUGACUGGUACUGUAUGUUCUUUUGCUCAAAAGCUUUCCGUCUUAAAUGUCAGACAAACUGCUGUCUCAUCCAUUACGUGACAAAAUGUACCUUCAUUCAUCCAACAUUUCUGAACGUGUGGAACAUUGUAGAGUAUACUUAAUGCAUUUUAAUAUAAAGCUGUGAACUCAGA